AUGGAAAGCUUCUUCAAAGACCGCGUCUACGCCAUCUCCGGCGGCGCGUCAGGAAUCGGACUCGCCACGAGCAAAGCACUUCUCCGCUACGGCGCCAAAGUCUCGAUCGCGGACAUCCGGAUCCCCGAAACGCUGCACAACGAACUAUCGCAGAUUGUCGCAGCUGUGGACGAGAAUAUCUCCGCAGAUGAUAUGAUACUCCUCCAGACCGUUGACGUCCGCUCACGCGACGACGUCGACACGUGGAUCGACGACACGGUCUACAAGUUCGGCGGGCUGGACGGCGCUGCGAACCUGGCGGGCACCAUCCCUAAGGACCACAACGUCGGGACGAUCGAGACGCAGACGGACGAGGAUUGGGACUUCGUGUUUGGGGUUAACGUCUACGGUGUCAUGAAUUGUCUCCGGGCGCAGAUGAAGUAUAUUGGGAAAGGCGAGGGCGCGAAGAAGGGUGGCAGUGUCGUCAAUGCCGGCAGUGGCUUGAGUUUACAGGGGAGGGCGGGCACCAGUGCGUACACGGCGAGUAAGCACGCGGUGCUGGGCUUGACAAGAUGUGUUGCGAAGGAGGUCGGUGGUAGGGGUGUCAGGGUCAAUUGUAUUGCGCCUGGCUUCACAGAAACCCCGCUGAUGAAGCAAUCACAGAGCAUUGAGGGAUCGGGAGAGAAGGAAGAUAUUUCGACCACGGCCUUGGGGCGGUUCGCUCAGCCUCAUGAGAUCGCAGACACUAUCGUGUACCUCCUAAGUGACAGAGCCAGCUUCGUCACUGGAGCAGUCAUCUGUGCCGAUGGCGGAUGGCACUGUUAG